AGCGCGCGUCCCUUUUCUCCUCUUCCCUCCAUUUUUUAUAUAUAGAAGCAGCCAAACCCGCAGAACCCCCAGACACACCGACGCCAUCGCCAUUCCCCACUCUCUGCUCUGCCGCUCCGCCACAUCGCCGCAGCGCCCCCACCCACCCCGCGGAAGCGCGUGAUGGCGCAGAAGCGGCCGCUGGAGGCCGCCCCGCCGGAGCAGGAGGCGCCGCGGUCCCCGAGGAAGCGGCUGCGCCGGACGGUGCUCGUCAUGAUGUGGCUGGAGAGGAGGAGGGCGAGCGCGGUCACCGUCGGCCAGAUGGCGCAGAUGGUUCGCCAGGCGCAACUGGAUAUGGCCAAACUGUUUAUGCUGCUCAUGGUGCUCGUCGCGCGGCUUGGCUCCAUGGAGAGGCUUCUCCUCGGGCUCCCCAACCUGCUCCAGAGGAUGUUGGAAGAGCAGUUUCAUGCUCUUCACAGAUCUUUGAUGGUAUCCAUGCAAGAUACGAUUCGAUCAACUGUACAGACAGAGGUACAAGGAAGACAAGCAGCUUCACUUCCUAAUGGCAUUGAUGAACCUCCUAGGCAGAUAUCAGAUGGUUUUCCUGAAACUGGAGGCAUCACUGGAGUCAAGCUGCGCUUUGUCGAUGUUGACAGACCAAUAUAUACACUUUUCACUGGAUGUUCAGUACAAUGGCAGAAUGGAGGAAACUCUAAGGUAGCCAUAUUUGAAAAUGAUAGGCAAAUCAUGCAGGGAGACCUUUCUAAAUUGCAAAUUGAGAUUUUAGCAGUCCAUGCUGAUUUCUUUACUGAGCAAGGGCAAGCGGACUUCACCAAAGAGGAGUUCAACAAGCAGAUAUAUAUGCAUAAAGGGAAAGAGUUAGUGUUGUCAACUGUUAGUCUAACAAAUGGCGAGUCCUCUCUUGGUUCCUUCGUUUUUCCAGAGAGCUCCCAUGGGAAAAAGUUAAGAUUGACAGCACGAGUGAAAAGGCAGGUUCUUACUACCAGAGUUCAGGAAGCAAUCACUGAUCCUUUUGUCGUCAAAGACCGCCGAAGUGAAUUAAAUAAAAAGAGUUAUCCUCCGUCUAAAGAAGAAGCGGUACAUUGUUUGGAGAAAAUUUCUCUAAAGGGAAAACAUUGUGCUAUCCUUGUUGAGAAAAAUAUCACUACAGUGAAGCACUUGAUGCGUCAGUAUCACAGGGAUGAAUCUGUUCUCCAAAAGCUUACUGGCAUGAAAAAAGGGGAUUGGAAUACCAUGAUUAAACAUGCCAACACGUCUGUUCCUGGGGAUGAGAUCUAUUCCUAUUGGGUUCCAGAGGAUAAUUGUGAAAUCUUAUUCAAUGAUUUCUAUGAUCUUGUCGGUAAGAUGACUGAUAACUAUGUUCCUUACAGUGUCAACAACGUCAAUCAGUUUCCACAGCAUAAAGUGAACAAUUGGAAAAAAUCUGCGUAUAAGAAGUUUGACGAGCGGGAGAGCUCAGGUGGUCUUACCCCUGAUUACUUCAUGAACGAUGGCCGCCCUGUCCGUGCAAUGCAUCUGAACAAUGAUGCAGGUCCUUCUGUACAAGCUAGAACAACAUGGCAAUAUCCUAAUAGCAUGGCCGCACAACAUGAAUUUGGUGAUCGACGCCCAUUGAAUGGGUUCUCACGGGCCGCAGUCCUGUCAAACAAUGAUGCCGGUCCUUCAAACCAAGAAACACUGCCGUUUUCACAGCCCACUUAUGGACAGACUGUGCAUCAAGGAACUCCUUACUAUCUGGCCCAGGGAAAUUUCAUAAAUGAUCAGGGACAGGGAUCAUUUUCAGCAGAGCCAACUAUUCCGUCCCACAUUCCUGUACCAGUUCCAGAGGAUGACCCAAUCACAUUCACAGCUGCAAGUCUAACUGGCCAACAGAAUGGACACUUCAGCUUCUCGACAACUGUUGCUCCUGUUACUUCUUAUCCUGUAGCAGGUGUCGCUGGGACUUCCUCAGAUGGAGUUAGUCUGGGAACCUCGUCAGUUAACAAUGUGCAGGCUGACAUCUUCAGUGGGUUAAGUCCAUUUGAAUCAGAGGAAUUGCUAGAACUACAAGCACAUCUGACAGAGCAGGACUUCGUGCAAGCUAACAUCGCAGAACUGCCAAAUUCCGACAGCCAAUUUUACGGUUAUGAACAUGAUGGCGGCGACCGCUGAUUAAACCACGAAGCAACUGCAACUGGCCGUCCUCUACCAUAGUAAAGUAUUCAGUGUGACUAAACAUUUGUUGUAGAUAUGAAUAAUUUGUAAAUAGCAACACAUAUUUUUUCAUGUUGCUCCGUAUAUGCUAAAUUUGUUACCUGUUGCAGUAAACAUUUGUCUUGUAUUCUUAAAGAACGAAUCUUUUACAAAAGAGAGUAUCUGGCUUG